AUGGCUCAAAAAAUUCUUACGGCUUCUUCAGUUGACGUUAUAUCCAAUGAAUAUGAAUAUUCACAUAAAAUACAACGGAAUAAUAAUUUUAUUAUUAAUGGGAAACCUAAAUAUGUAUUUGAUUCGAUAGAAAGUGCGCUCAAGGAUUUUGUGGAAGGGAAGUUCGUAGUAGUUGUAGAUAAUGAAGAUCGAGAAAAUGAAGGUGAUUUGGUUAUUGCUGCCGAAAAAAUGACUACAGAGAAGAUGGCAUUCAUGGUACGAUAUACGAGCGGUUUAAUAUGCGUGCCUACAGCACCAACUCGUUUAGAUCAAUUGAAACUUCCUUUAAUGGUUCCGAAUAGUACUGAUCGAUUAAAAACUGCAUACACAAUCUCUGUAGAUUAUAAACAUAAUACCACGACAGGUAUUUCGGCACAUGAUCGUGCUUUAACAGCAAGAUCUUUGGCUAAUUUUGCUAUUACAGAUCCGGCGGAUUUCAUCCGACCCGGACAUAUAUUUCCUUUAAGAUACACAGAGGGUGGGGUUCUAAAACGAAUUGGUCAUACUGAAGCUUCUAUAGAUUUAUGCAAAUUGGCAGGUUUAAAGCCUGUUAGUGUAAUAUGUGAAUUAGUAAAAGAUGAUGGGUUGAUGGCACGUCGUGAUGACUGUCGCGCUUUUGCUGAUGAACAUGGCUUGAAACUAAUCAGUAUUUCUGAUUUGGUUCAAUAUCGAAUUAACCGUGGACUAUUCAAUAUCUAG